AUGUCUCUAGUGAUGAUAGCAUGUGGCAGUAUAGGACGCGGCGCACGUGCGCGUAUGCAACUGCGGCUGAUCUUGAUCGUUGAUCUUGGGCUGCAACAGACUGUACAACUACCUGAAACAUCAAAUGUUAUUGGCUUCGUUGUUCACAAAGCAAUAGUAAACUGUUCUGCUGCUACGCCUCCACCCUCGGAUAAGUCAUCUCUGUUGUGCCAACCAUGUCAACUGCCUGAAACACUGACCGUAACUGGCCGGGUAGAACACGAAGAUUUUAUUACGGUAUGCAGGAUGCGGUCGCAAGACGGCCAAGGAAUCGACAUCAUACAUGGUCGUUAA